GUUUUCCCAUCGGCCGCGGUGGGUUUGGUUCGUAUUUCCUGCCUGCCUUCCUUCCCAGUUUUGUUUCGCAACACAUUCUCUCAUCUCAUCUGUGGAUCGUCUCGCGCUCCCUCCCCCCCGCUUCGCUGCCUAGGGUUUGCGCCGAGCAGAUCCGGCCGGCGGCGGCGGCGCCGCCGGACGAGCUGACCGGCCCCGCCGCACGGGGCCGCAGCCCGACCGCUCCGACACCGGCGGCUUCCUCCGUCGAUCCGAUCCGGCGGCGAGGAUGUCUCCGCCGCCGGCGUCGCCCGCGCUGUCGGCGCAGAAGCUGACCACCAACGACGCGCUCGCCUACCUCAAGGCCGUCAAGGACAAGUUCCACGACAACCGCGCCAAGUACGACGAGUUCCUCGAGGUCAUGCGCGACUUCAAGAGCGCCAGGAUCGACACGGCGGGCGUCAUCAUCCGGGUGAAGACGCUCUUCAGCGGCUACCCGGAGCUCAUCCUCGGCUUCAACGCCUUCCUGCCCAAGGGCUUCGCCAUCAAGCUCCAGGACAUCGACGGCACCGCCGGCGACAAGAAGCAGCCCGUCGACUUCAUGGAGGCCAUCAACUUCGUCAACAAGAUCAAGGCCAGGUUCCAGGCACAGGACCACGUCUACAAGGCAUUCCUCGCCAUCCUCAACAUGUACCGCAUGCACAACAAGUCCAUCCAGGACGUCUACCAGGAGGUCUAUUUCCCAUCUUCAUCUUCUUCUACCUGUAGAAGCAAAGAAUUUCCUGAUUUAUCUAGAUAUGUGGUGCUUGUGCAUACGAUGCUAACACGGAUGGGAUUGAUCCAGGUCGCUACGCUGUUCCACGACCACCCCGACCUGCUCGAGGAGUUCAAGCAUUUCUUGCCUGAUACGUCCAACGCUCCGCAAGUGCUGGCUGCUCCUAAAGCCGUUUCCGCCAAACAGGAGACCGCGGCAGUGCCUUCUGCCAGUGCCAGGAAUGUGCAGAGCAUCAAGAGAGAGAGGCCUCAGCCAUCAACUGCUGAGCGUGACAGCAGUGUUGAUCGCCCUGAUCUCGAGCAUGACCCCGACAGGAAGCGUGUCGACAAGGAAAAGGAUCGUAAGAUCGACCGGGACAGAAAAGAUCAUGACAAGGAUGCUGAGUACGAAAGCAAAGAUUUGGACGGAGGGCUACGCAAGCGCAAAGCUUUCUCAAAGAAGCUGGAGGGUGAAACACACCAAGGGGCGGCAAGCAUCUCUGCUUCGUCGUACAAUGAUAAUGAUGCACUGAAAAGUGCAUACACACAAGAGUUCCUUUUCUGUGAGAAAGUCAAGGAGAAGCUAGAGCCUGAAGCUUACCAGGAGUUUUUGAAAUGCCUUCACAUAUACAGUCAGGAAAUAAUUACAAGAAGUGAAUUGAAAAAUCUGGUACAUGACAUACUUCAGCGCUACCCAGAGCUUAUGACUGGAUUUAGCGAGUUCUUGGAACAUUGUGAAAACAUAGAUGGUUUUCUGGAUGGAGUCAUCAAUAAAAGGCAAACAUCACGAACAGUCAAGGCAUUGGAAAAAGAGAGAGACAAAGGGCGUGCAGGGGAGGACAGGGAAAGAGAUGCUGAAAAACCGAGCGAAAAGGAACGAGAAAGGCUUGAUAAAGUGUCUGCGCUCAAUUCUAAGGAAGCCACUAUCCACAAAGCUACCACGUUCUCUGCGAAAGAGAAGUAUCUAUGCAAGCCAAUAUCAGAGCUUGACCUCUCAAACUGUCAGCGGUGCACUCCCAGUUACCGACUUUUGCCUAAAAAUUACCCCGUGCCUGCUUCAAGUUGCAGAACUGACCUUGGAAUCUCUGUGCUCAAUGAUCACUGGGUAUCAGUUACCUCAGGAAGCGAAGAUUAUUCAUUUAAACACAUGCGGAAGAAUCAGUACGAAGAAAGCUUGUUUAGAUGCGAAGAUGACAGGUUUGAGUUGGACAUGCUGCUGGAAUCAGUUAAUGUGGCGAUUAAGCGUGUUGAGGAGUUGAUAGAAAAAAUGCAAGAAAAUUCAAUCAAACCAGACAGCCCUAUACGCAUCGAUGAACAUUUGACCUCUCUGAAUUUGAGGUGCAUAGAACGGCUAUAUGGUGACCAUGGCCUUGAUGUCAUGGAUGUUCUUCGUAAAAAUGCGAGUGUGGCAUUACCAGUUAUUUUAACUAGGCUUAAGCAAAAGCAGGAGGAAUGGUCAAGGUGCCGGUCAGAUUUUAAUAAGGUUUGGGCUGAAAUAUAUGCCAAGAAUUAUCACAAGUCCCUUGACCAUCGCAGUUUCUAUUUCAAACAACAAGAUACGAAGAAUCUGAGCACAAGAGCUCUAUUGUCUGAGAUCAAAGAAAUUAAUGAGAAGAAAAGGAAGGAGGAUGAUGUGCUUCUUGCUAUUGCUGCUGGGAAUAGGCGGCCAAUAGUUCCCAAUAUGUCAUUUGAGUAUGUAGAUUCAGAAAUUCAUGAAGAUGUUUAUCAGAUCAUCAAGUACUCUUGUGGAGAAGUCUGCAGCUCUCCAGAUCAAGUUGACAAAGUGAUGAGAACCUGGACGACAUUUGUGGAACCUAUUUUGGGAGUUCAACCCCGAACUCCUGCCGUUGAAGAUGCAAGUGUGGUAAAAUCGAAGAGCCGAACCCCUACGACUGGUCUUGCAAGUGCAGGGGAAAGUAAUAAUGUAAUACCAAACGGUGCAGUCACUGUUAAGCAAGCCAACCGAGAUGAAAGCAUUCCGAAGGAACAAGCACAAUCUUCUCGUGGUUUAUUGGCGAAUGGAGUUUCAGAAGAUGCUCAAAAUGGCUUCCAUGAUGCUGAUCGAACUGUCCGCAGAGGUGAGGGGCCAUCUAACAUGUCAUUACAUCAGACUGAACAGAAUCAGCGGAGAACAAAUAUGGAGCUUACAUCAGGUACUAAUUCUUCUAGAGAUAAUUUCUCCGGAAGUGAGGCUGUUGUUGAAGCUAUGGGUGGCAAUGAAACAAUUCCAUCUAUAGGGAGAGGAGAAGCUGGGAGGCCAGGAUCUGUGCCUCAGAAGAAUUCAAAGGUUGAAAGAGAAGAGGGAGAAUUAUCUCCUAAUGGGGAUUUUGAAGAGGAUAAUUUUGGGCCUCUAGGAAAUGCAGCUGUAGACGGAGCUUCGAAGCCGAAGGAAGUUUCCGCUGGUAGAACUAGAGCAGCUGAGUUUGCUGGAGCGAAUGAUGCUGAUGCAGAUGAUGAAGGUGACGAAAGUGCCCAGAGAUCUACAGAAAGUGAAAAUGCAUCUGAGGCUGGCGAGGACGCUUCUGGUAGUGAAUCUGGUGACGGCGAGGAGUGUUCUCGGGAAGAUAACGAGGACGAAGAGGAUGCUGAUCAUGAUGAUCCUGAUGCUAAGGUUGAAAGUGAGGGUGAGGCAGAGGGAAACACAGAGGCACAUGAUGCCGACGGAGGGAUGUCACUACCGUUUUCAGAGCGUUUGCAUAAUACAGUUAGACCACUCGCCAAGCAUGUCCCCACAGCUUUGCAGGAUCAUGGCGGGAAGUUUUCACGCAUAUUUUAUGGAAAUGAUUCAUUUUAUGUUCUGUUCAGGCUACACCAGAUCUUAUACGAGAGGCUACUAUCAGCCAAGACAAACUCUUCUACAGCUGAAAAGAAGUGGAGAACUUCCAAGGAUACGAGCUCCCCACACCAAUACUCAAAGUUUAUGGGUGCACUUUAUAACUUGAUUGAUGGCUCUUCUGACAACACCAAAUUCGAGGAUGACUGCCGUUCAAUCAUCGGGACUCAGUCCUAUGUUCUUUUUACAUUAGAUAAGCUGAUAUACAAAGUUGUGAAGCAGCUUCAAGCAAUAGCAGCUGAUGAAAUGGAUAACAAGCUGCUCCAGCUUUAUAUAUAUGAGAAGUCCAGGUCUCCUGGAAGGUUCUUUGAUCUAGUUUACCAUGAAAAUGCUCGGGUUCUUCUCCAUGACGAGAGCAUAUAUCGAUUUGAACGGCGCUCAAAUCCUACGAGAUUAUCUGUUCAGCUCAUGGAGUAUGGGCAUGAAAAGCCUGAAGUAACUGCAGUCUCAAUUGAUCCAAACUUUUCGUCAUAUCUUUAUGACGAGUACUUGUCAAGUAUUUCGGAUUCAAAGGUGUCUGAAGAUGUGUUCCUUGAGAGGAAUAAGCGGAAACGCGGGAGCAGCAAUGGCCCUCAAGCUUCCUUGGCGGUCAUGGAUGGUUUCAAGGUCGCGAAUGGCCUUGAAUGCAAGAUAACCUGCAAAUCCUCAAAGGUUUCGUAUGUCCUUGAUACAGAAGACUUUUUAUUCCGUAUGAGGAACAGGAGGAGAAUCUCAUCUGGUGCAACCGCCGCCGCCGCACCUGGCAAGGCCGAUUUUGUCAAGGCAGCUGAUGUCGUGAAAGCACAGCGGUUUCAUAAAUUUCUUCUUUCUAGGUCCUAGGGCCAUGCUGGCAGAUUCUGCCAUGGUAUCAUCUAAUCUGGAGACGACGCUGGCAUGCUUUGAACAAAUGCGGUGGGUGGGUAACCAAAGCUGCUUUUGAACUUUUUGGUACAGCCUUUUGGAAGAAGAUGAGGUGGUGCCGAGUAGCUGGGACCGCUGGAGCUGGUAAAUACCAAGCAAUCAAAGCAUGUAGGCAGUCUUGUUGUUAAGUUGUUACCCGAUGCUGCUGCUGGGAAUGUGUAUAUUAUUAAUGUUAUGUAAUACCCAGAAGAGAAUGUGACGUCGUGUUAUCCAUGAGGGAGGGAGGGAGGUUAUUGUUAUUAAUCUCACCGGUGGUCCGAUCAACUGAUCGUUGUUAGUUGUUACUGUCCAUAUGUUUGUUUGUUUGUUGUUGUCCUGUCUCGCUGUUACAUUUGCUGUCGUGGUGAAGCAAAUGCAGACUUGAUUCAAGUCUGGACAUUACUAUAUUUGUUAGUGAUGCCAGCCAUCUGCAUUAA